AUGACCACACUGGUGCGCAAAGAGACUGCAACGGUAGUCAAAGAGAAGUCGAAGAAGAACGAAGACCUUCUUCCGAGUACGGAGACCGAGACGCCUAUGGACGUAGACGAGAUAGAAUCCACAUCGUCAGAAGCUACCCCAACACGCCCUUCAACUCCGGAGAUCCGAGUUCUUUCCAAAGAAGAACAGAUCAGACUCCGGGUGAAAGAGCACGUAUCGCUCUGGAAAAGAUGUCAAGUAGCUACUCGAGAAGGCCCUACUCCUAUACUCAGAGCCUUAUUGACCGAAGCUCAGGAGAGUCAGAAGACUCUCCAGAAGCUUAUAAACAACGAGGAAAUAGAAAGUUAUGUGAAGGGAUGGAACCCUUGGGACGAGAAAAAAAUUCACUUCCCCGCUCCUCCCAAGAAACAAACAAUGAAGUUCAAGAAGAACGAACCAGGAAAAAGACAGAGUUCCAGUUCAAUCAACUUCGCCGAUCCAGCCAAGUGGAGAAAAGCGACGGAGCUUCUUCAAAUAGCCGCCGGUCUAUACCAGAACAUGCAAUAA